AUGGCUCAAACAGACUAUUAUGCUGUCUUGGGUGUCCGACCUACGGCCCCCAACGACGAGAUCACGCUUGCCUGGCGCCGCCUCGUGCUGGCUUCGCACCCUGACAAGGCGCGUUCUGCGCCAGCACAAACCGACAUCCGCCUCGUGAACGAGGCACGUGCGGUCCUCUCGGAUCCCGCGCGCCGCGCCGACUUUGACGCGCAGCGCACAGCCGCGCCGCCCUCAGGGCCGCGGAUACGAGAGCACGUCUCUCUUGAGGCAUUUACGGCGCACCCGAGCGCCGAAGAACCUGAGCACUUCACUCUCGAGUGCCGAUGCGGACAGUCUUAUGACGUGACCGUCGAUGAGCUCGAGGCAGGCGUCGAUGUUGUCGGGUGUCCAGGGUGCGGGGAGUACAUUGGGAUCGACUAUGAGGUGGUCGAGGAGUAG